AUGAAACUGGAGAAUUUUACAUGGUUUUUGGAGAAGCAAAGCUGUCUUAUCACCAUGAUCAACAAUCUGAGCCCGAAAUCUGAAGUACAUGCUGGACAGCCGGUGAAGAUAACGGAGCUCGUUGUGCCAUCAGUAGUCAAGAAUGGAUCAGUGGAUUCUGUUGUUCUGGAUUGCGUCUACGAAUUCGAUGUGUCGAAUCUCGAGGGACUCGUCGUGACGUGGUAUUUCGAGGAUCUGCAUCGCCCUGUUUACCAGUGGAUCCCCCCGAAUAAGCCCCAGGAUCUCGGCAAAUUCAAAGAUAGAUUGGAUCUGAACUACACAGCAAGCAGUGACCCGAAUGAAAAAUAUCGCGCUCUACGGAUUCUGAAUCCUACGACGGAUUUACAUGGGGAAUAUUCCUGCAGGGUCUCUACUUUUGACGCUGAGGAUGCUCGUUCUGCUACCAUGAUCGUCUACGCACCUGCGACAUCUUUCAACUUUUCCCAUUCAAAGCCCUCGAUGGACAGUGUCAACGUGUCGUGCACAGCCGGUGGAAUUUAUCCGAGGCCGACGCUUUCGAUCUACCGUUACCCGAACAAAAGAAACAGGUCAGAAUACAAAUUGGAAAAUAUCAAAUGGACGGAAGAGAGAACUCAGAACGGCGCCUACGAAAUCUCCCUGUCUUCCCUGGUCGAGGACCAGUCGUUGAGGCAGGAAUCUAUGUUCGAAUGCGAGCUACUCAUACCGGGCACUGGGUACAUACUGAAGCGAAAAAUGGUCUACUUCCAUACUUCCGCGAGACCGGUGCUGGUUCAUCUCGCCUCGAAGCUGGAAGUGGGCAUGCAAUCGUAUUUUCCUCCCGGAGGCGUCAGGUGA